GGCACAACGGGCUGGUGGCAGCUGCCUACCUGCAGCGGGCAGGGAUGCGCACAGCCGUGCUGGAGAAACGCCACGUGCUGGGCGGUGCAGCCGUCACAGAGGAGAUCGUGCCAGGCUUCAAGUUCUCCCGGGCAUCAUACCUGCUCAGCCUGCUGCGGCCUCAGAUCUACGCUGAGCUGGAGCUGCAGCGGCACGGUCUGAGGGUGCUCCCACGGGACCCCUACUCUUUCACCCCACUGCUGGAGGACAGGAAUCCCCCCCGCUCUCUCCUGCUGGGGCAUGACAUGACCCAGACCCAGCAGCAGAUCGCUCAGUUCUCCCAGAAGGAUGCCCAGGCUUACCCUGGGUACGAGGCGUUCAUGGGGGGCUUGGUGUCAGCCCUCAACCCGCUGCUGGAUGCCCCCCCGGUGGAUACAGCUGCCCUGGGGCAGGGGUCCCUGCUCCAGCGGCUCAGGGCCCUGCGAGGCCUGCAGCCCCUGCUGCAGGCAGGGCGGGCACUGGGGCAGCGGCUGCCCCGCUAUUACGAGGUGCUCACAGCCCCCAUCUCCAAGAUCCUGGAUCAGUGGUUUGAGUCGGAGCCCCUGAAGGCUACUCUGGCUACUGACGCAGUGAUUGGAGCCAUGGCCAGCCCCCACACCCCUGGCAGUGGGUAUGUGCUGUUGCACCAUGUGAUGGGCGAGCUGGAUGGACAGCGGGGGGCCUGGGGCUACGUGGCCGGUGGGAUGGGGGCCCUGUCCCAAGCCAUCGCUAAUGCAGCAGCUGCCCGGGGAGCCCACAUCUUUGCUGAGAAGGCGGUGUGCCAUGUGCUGCUGGGCAGGGAUGGACAGGCACAGGGCGUCGCGCUGCAGGAUGGGACUGAGGUGAGGAGCAAACUGGUGCUGUCCAAUGCCUCCCCGCAAGUCACCUUCCUGGAGCUCAUCCCCCAGGUACGUGAUGCAUAGGACUGGUGGGAUCUUGGCAUGGUAAUAUCCCCCAAGCCCCACUGCCCCAUCACAGCAAGCUUCUUGGCGGUGGAUCGGCUGCCCAGCUUCCUGGCUGCCCCCAAUUCCCGUGACGGCCAGCCCCUGCCCCACCACCAGUGCUCCAUCCAUCUCAACUGCGAGGACACCCAGCUCCUGCACCAGGCCUUCACUGAGGCCACCCACGGGCACCCCUCCAGCAGGCCCAUGAUUGAGCUCUGCAUCCCUUCGGCGCUGGACCCAGGGCUGGCCCCACGGGGCUGCCACGUCGUGUCCCUCUUCACCCAGUACACCCCCUCCGUGCUGGCAGGCGGGCAGCCCUGGGACGAGCAGGCCAGGAAUGCAUAUGCAGACACAGUGUUCGACUGCAUUGAAGCGUAUGCUCCAGGGUUCAAGGCAUCCGUCGUUGGCAGGGACAUCCUAACGCCACCAGACCUGGAGAAGAUCUUUGGGCUGCCCGGCGGGAACAUCUUCCAUGGAGGGAUGUCUCUGGACCAGCUGUACUUUGCUCGGCCCGCACCAUCUUACUCAGGCUACCGGUCCCCAAUUCCUGGAUUGUACUUGUGUGGAAGCGGAGCCCACCCUGGAGGAGGAGUGAUGGGAGCAGCGGGACGCAAUGCCGCCCAGGUGGCCCUCGAGGACUUCAAGCGCCUGUGA